CUUUGGUUAAUCGACUGAUUAAAUUAUCUCAACAUGUGAUUGGAAAUGUUUAAUUAAUUUAGUUUGUGCCUCUUUAAUUGCUCCAAUUUUUGUAUCAAUUUAUCAAAGUGAUUAGUUAUUAACUAAAUUGCUCAAUCAUAAUGUUUAAAAUCAGACGUAACAUUUUGAUUAAUUGUCAUUCAUUGACAAUCUCAUCUCGAAUGGUCUCUAACAAGUUUAUAACUCUUCUGGAGGAGAAACAAUUGAUUAAGGACUGGUUACCUCAGAAUAAAUUGUCAGAAAUUAAGAAGCUUUUUGAAACCAAGCAAACAAUUUACACUGGAAUCGACCCAACAGGCCCUAGUCUUCAUAUUGGUAAUCUAAUGGUCAUCAUGACGAUGCUUCAUGCAGUUAGACAUGGACAUCGAGUGAUUUGCUUAAUUGGUGAUUCGACCGCUACAAUUGGUGAUCCAAGUGGUAAAUUAAAGGAACGUGAAACAAUUGAUAGAAAAACAAUUGAUUCCAAUGCUUCCAGAAUAUCAUCUUCAUUGUCUUUCAUUUUCGCAAAUCACUUGAAAUACUUUUGGAAACCUCAUCAUUCAGAAUCAAUUCAUGAACCAAUAAUCGUACACAAUUCAAAUUGGUAUAAAGAUAUUAAAUUGUUGGACUUUCUAUCAGAGAUCGGAUCAGCAAUCAAAGUUAGAAAUUUGGCCCGGAAAAGUUUCGUUGAGGAUCGAUCAAAAAAUUUAACAUUCUCACAAUUUACUUAUCAAGUUAUCCAAGGAUAUGAUUGGCUUAGAUUGUUUGAUAAACAUGAUUGUCGAUUUCAAAUUGGUGGAAUAGAUCAAACUCAUAAUAUCGAAGCUGGAUUUUCACUUAUCCGUAAUUCUCGUAAUCAAGAAGCCUUCGGGCUAUUUGUUCCUCUUCUCCUGGACAAAGAUGGUAAAAAAAUGGGCAAAACUGAAGGAAAAUCCUUGUUUCUCGAUAGAUUUAUCAAUUCUCCAUAUUCUCUGUAUAAAACUAUCCUUAAAUUACCACACAAUCAAGUGAGAAAGUUUCUUCAAUAUUUUACUUUCUAUGAUGAAAAUGAAAUUGAGAAAAUUAUUCAGAAAAGUUUAAAAAAUCAGCAAGAUUUAUACGCUCAUGAAAAAUUAGCCGAUAGUUUAACAUUGUUAAUCCAUGGAGAAUCUGGUUUGAAUCAAGCCAAAAGUACAAUCAAAGCCCUUUUACAUGGUGAAUGGUCAGCACUUGGACAAUUAACUGAUGAUGAUUUAUAUCAAGUAUUUGGUUCAAACUGUUUGAUUCACCACGAAUUAAUUCCUGAAGUAACAACUUUAAUUGAGCUAAUUAACAAGGCUAAAUGUUUUCAAAAUGAAGAAUUGGCGAUGACAACAAUUGAAAAAGGAGGUAUUUUUAUAAAUAGUAAGAAAGUUACCAAUCCUGGUCACUUAUUUGACAAUAAUGAUAUUCUAUCAAACAAUUUAACAGCAAUUAGAAUAGGUACCAAUCGAGUUUAUCUCAUUCGUUGGCUCUAAAUUUCAUCAUUAAAUUAGUUUUUCAUAUUUAAUUUAAGCAAAUGACAAUUUGUAAAUAAUCUUAAUUGUUUAAUUAAAGUUUAAUUACAAGGGAACAGACAAA